AUUCGCACGCGUCCCUUAGCCUGCUAGCUCACCUGUCGAAUAAGUGCUGAAUACUCUCUCUCAGACUUUGUUGUCAAUUUCUUCAGCGAAGCCUCUCCCUUCGACCCUGUUUUGUGUGCAAACCUACGAAGAAAGACCCGCACAAUGGACACAGAAGUUGGCCAUCGAACUUGUCUCAUGCUGCUGCCAUCCAAGGCCUCGGGUUACGGUGAAGUUGUUCGGAGUCAACACGGUACUUGCGGUCUUCAGUUCACCGAAUAAUACCGAAAAAAACCGAAUACCUCUCCCAUUCACCGAAUUGUCUCCGCUCGCUCGGACACUUUUCGGUAACCUUAUUUGGGGAAAGCUAGUAGCUGAGUAGUGCCGGCUCUUCACUCCUCCCUCAGCCAUUACGAAAAUGAUUUUGUCGAAAUUGCUAACUUGGCUUGCGUUCUUUAUCACAUUUUGUGCUGCCAAGCCGGAUGUGUUCUCGAUGGUCAACAACGCUGGCCUUAUCGAGGUCACCGACUCAACCUUUUCGAAAGUAAUCACGGGUUCUCAGGACUAUGUAGUCGUUGCUCUUCUUACGGCUACUCAGGGAAUUGAUUGCGAAACCUGCACAAAAGUGGAUCCUGAAUUUCGCGUUUUGGCCAAGUCUCAUCGUAAAGCGUUUCCCAAUGACAAGGAGCUCGUUUUCGUUCAUGCAGAUUUCCAAGAUAACAAGAACACGUUCCGUGGAUACAACAUCAGAUCGAUUCCUAACUUCUGGGUGUUCGAGCCUCACACCAAUGCUCCUCAUGAGCUCAAGUUGAUGGGAGAUCUCUCGGCUGAGUACCUUUCGGAAAGCAUUGCCAGUUUGGUGGGCAAGUUGAUUCCCAUUUACCGUCCUCACGAUUACAGCAAGGACGUUAUGUCUCUCGUUUCUCUGUUGAUAGUUGUUGCUUUCGUUACCUAUUAUCGCAAGGCGCUGCUCCGUUUGGUGCACUCUAGAAAGCUUUGGGCUGCCAUCAGCAUCGUUUCUGUUAUCACCUUCAGUUCGGGCCAUAUGUUCAACCGCAUCCGUGGAACACAGUAUGUCCAGCACAACCAAGACGGUAGCGUCAGUUGGAUGGCUGGCGGUCAAAUGAACCAAUUCGGUGCAGAGACGCAAGUGGUUUCCCUGUUGUAUUUUGUUCUGUCCCUGAGUGUAAUCUCUCUUGCCUAUUCGGCUCCUUGUAUUCGUGGAGCCAAGAGCCAAACUAUUUUCGUCAUUGCUUGGCUUACCAUCCAAGUAUUCUUGUACAGCUACCUGGCUUACAUUUUCCGCGAGAAGAACGGUUACUACCCCUUCAAACUCCUUCUUUGAUGAUGUCUGAUAGUUCUAUGAUACAAUGUCAAGACCGUAGGAUGAUUACUACGAUGAUGAAGAAAUUAAGGGUAUUCGUGGCAGGUCUAUGUAAUGCAUGUUCGGCUUUCGUUGCCCCAAAAAAUAAACACGAAGAGACUAAAACGAUUAAAAAGAGGCAUGUGCUGCACGGCGUUGGCGCCGCUCUCCAUUCUCAUUU